CGCACGCACGCACGCACGCACGCACGCACACACACACAUAUACUCAUCUGACACACACAGAAAGGAGAAAACACACUCUUGGAAUGUACCGCACACUCUUCCUGUGAAAAUUCAACUGCUUCCUCUAUUUUUCUGGAUUUUCUACAAACCUUUUGGAAAGCUGAGAGCUUUUUUUUUUUUUUAAACUCUGGGACAAAGGAAAAAGCCGAGAGGAUUAACACGUGCAGUGUUUUGGGAGGACUACUUGUUUUUAGGACCACUUGUUUUGAGGACAACCGAUUUGCUGAUUGAGUUUUUUUUCUAGACAAUAGAUCCGUUUUUCUUCAGUUUGAGAUCAGUUUUAUUACCUUGCAUGCUUAGGCACUGUCUGUUACAGAUUUUUUUUUAAGUAUUAGCACUCAGCUGGUGAUUAUUCUUCUCAGCAAGUCACCACAGGCUGCACUUUGUAGCUUGUUAAGAUUGUAACUUAGUUACUUUUAGUUUUAAAGUACUUACGAGUGAUUUAAUUCCAGCAGGGAUUGUUUUUUUCUUUGGUAGCUACAGGUGAUUGUUCUCAGAUCCAUCAGCGUAUUAGAGGGGGUGCACGUUUUUUCCCAUUGCGUGCAUGACCUCCACCAUGCCUCCCCAGAACACAGAGGCCGACGCUAUGCAGGUUGGAUCUCUGGUGGGCGAAGUUAACGCCAAAAGCACCACAGCAUCAAGCUCGGAUGGGGAGAAAGGAGGAGCAGGAGGCGAGGCGGAUGGAUUGGGGGGCGGCGGCGGUGGCAGUGGAGGAGGGGGAGGAGGUCGAGGUGGGGAGGAGUCAGCAAGCGAGGGAUCGGUCGAAGGCAUACCCCUGAAGAGAUGGGUGAUGCACGGGGCCGUGAUGUUUGGCCGGGAGUUCUGCUACGCCAUGGAGACGGCGCUGGUGACACCUGUGCUGUUGCAGAUAGGUCUACCAGAGCAGUACUACAGUCUGACGUGGUUCCUCAGUCCCGUCCUCGGCCUCAUGUUCACUCCUCUGAUCGGCUCGGCCAGCGACCGCUGCACUCUGCGAUGGGGAAGGAGGAGACCGUUCAUCCUGGCUCUCUGUAUCGGGACACUUAUUGGAGUGGCACUGUUUCUGAAUGGCUCGCUGAUAGGUUUGUCGCUUGGUGACGAGCAGGGGAGACAACCAAUAGGAAUCGUUCUUACCGUGCUGGGGGUCGUGGUGUUGGACUUUUGUGCAGACGCAACAGAGGGACCAAUCAGAGCGUACCUGCUAGACGUGGCGGACACAGAGGAACAAGACAUGGCACUCAACAUCCAUGCCGCCUCAGCAGGUCUUGGUGGUGCGGUCGGCUACGCCCUCGGAGGUUUAGACUGGACGCACACCUUCCUCGGAGCAGCCUUCAAGUCCCAGGAACAGAUCCUCUUUUUCUUCGCUGCCAUCCUCUUCAUCAUCUCUGUGGUGUUACAUCUCCUCAGCAUCGAGGAGCAGCAGUACUCGCCACAACAUGACAGGCUGGAUCAGGAGACUCCAGAUCGCCCCAACCCACAACCAUCAGCCAAUGGCAGGACUGGACUUUUGGCCCCCAAGCUGGAGCUGAUUGGAGAGGAUGAAACAUUGGACAGCUACGAUCUUUAUGACCCCUAUGGAGACGACCAGUCAGAGCGUGGGGAUAUGGACAUGGACUUCCUAGAGAUGGAGCUUGUGAGAAGUAAAAGUGACAGUGUUCUCGCUAUGGCAGACGCCACUCUUGACCACCUGGACCAUGAUGCGUUGUUCCUGUGCCACAUAGAGCCGUCCAUCUUCGCUGACCGCCUCUCACCCUACCACGGCUCGCCUCCUUUGACGAGUAACUUCUUCAACCCCAACCGCAGCACUCCGCCGCCCCGGUUCGGCAACAUCAGACGCAGCAGCAGUGCGGGAAGUGGGGACCUGCUCCAAAGCAGCAACCACCAAACGCACCCUACCAACCCCAGGAUUUCCCGUCUCUCGGCUUUCUUACAGGAAAUGGAAAAUGACGACGGUCAGGAGGCGUUGCUGAAUAAUCAGCUCAAUGAGCAGCGGACGCUGAAUGGGCGGCUGUUAGCCAGUGUGACGAAUCCCGAUAGAGUUAGCACGAACAGGCUGAGCUCUAAAGGACAGGCACAUCGUGCUGGAAUGGUCAAAGCUGCCAGUACUGGAGCUCCCAUGCGACAGUCACGUCACCGUCACAUCUUCUACCGUCAGCCGUCCUGCACCUUCUCCUACUAUGGUAGAGUAGGGAGCCACCGGUACCGCUACCGCCGAGCCAACGCCGCCUUCCUCAUCAAGCCGUCUCGCAGCAUGAAUGACCUGUACGAAGUGGAGGCCAGACACAGGAGGAGGCACAGACAGAGAAACAGACACCGCAGCGGAAACACCAACUCCUCCAGCGGAGACACAGAGAGUGAAGAGGGAGAGGUUGAGACCACCGUGCGUCUGCUGUGGCUCUCCAUGCUGAAGAUGCCUCCGGAGCUGCUGCGACUGUGCGCCUGUCACCUGCUCACCUGGUUCUCCAUAAUCGCCGAGGCCGUCUUCUUUACUGACUUCAUGGGACAAGUCAUCUACCAUGGAGAUCCAACCGCUCCUGCUAACUCUACUUUGUUGGAGGAUUAUCACAAAGGAGUUCAGAUGGGAUGUUGGGGACUGGUUAUCUAUGCCCUGACUGCUGCCACAUGCUCAGCCAUCCUUCAGAAGUACCUCGACAACUUUGACCUGAGCAUUAAAGUCAUCUACAUCGUGGGAACUCUUGCAUUCGCCAUCGGAACUGCUGUUAUGGCAAUCUUCCCGAAUGUGUAUGUUGCCAUGGUGAUGAUCAGCAGCAUGGGCAUCGUCUCUAUGAGUAUCUCCUACUGUCCGUAUGCUCUGCUGGGACAGUAUCACGAAAUGAAAGAGUACAUCAGGCACAGUCCUGGUAACUCCCGCAGAGGCUUUGGCAUCGACUGUGCAAUUUUAUCCUGCCAGGUGUACAUCAGUCAGAUCUUGGUGGCCUCAGCUCUGGGUGCUGUAGUCGAGGCAGUUGGCAGCGUUCGUGUUAUUCCCAUGGUGGCCUCCGGGGGCUCGCUCCUCGGAUUCUUUACUGCCCUCUUCCUGGUCAUUUACCCAACGCCAAACAAUGGGGACGGGGAAUCAGCCAAAGCUUCGGAGAAACGAUCUUUGACAAAGCUGGAAAAUCCCAACAGCAACGAUGUGGCUGUAACCGUGGUGGCAGAGAAACCCAGCUUCCUGAAACUCAACAAGAAGGGCAAAGCCACCUCCACUACUACUUCCUGUCACACGGAGAAUGAGUCUGCUCUGUGAUUGGCUGGUUUAAGCUGACAGACAUGUUGCUGCAGAAACAACUUAAUUCACUUUUGAACUGGUCGCUGAUGGAAAGACUUUAGGAUCUUGUCGUCCUCGUGGUGCUGGAGUUUACAGACGCGGGAGGAGAGAGGAGAGUGGUUGGUGUCCACUCUUGGUGUCUGUUCGUGCUUUGACAGGCCUUUUUUUUCUGAUUCGCUGUGUCUUGAUUUGCUGAAGGAAACAACUCAAUCUGACGUGGGACCAGUGUCUCACCAGACCAACUACGACAAAAGCAUUUUGGUCCCUGUUUCAGCCAUCUAAGAAAUUCCUUCCAUUUUCACCCUCAUGGACAUUUGACUGAUCCGUCAGAGUUGUCCAGAAGCGAGAAAUCCGUUUCGGUUUUAAGGAGGGGUUGUCUCUGUUUCUCAGGGCCUCUAGGAGGUGCUACUGAGCAGCCGCCUGGACGGGAAACUUCAGGGGACUCGCACAUACAUGCACACACACACACCAACACAAUCGAAUGAACACAUGAAUAAUGAACGUUGUUGAUGAACACAAGUCCUCGAAGCUGCAAUCAUUCAAAAAUGCUGAAAAUUGUUCUUCCUCGCCGUGGAAUCGGCUUGAUUGACUCCUUAUCUAAGACAAUGAGAUCGUCGAGAGAGAGCGUGUGUGUGUCUGCGGACAUUUUCACCAAAAUAAACCCAAUAACACACUCGGAUUUGUGGGACUUUUACAGCACUCUGCGACAGUAGCUUUAAGACUCUAGAGACUUCUGAAAGUUCUGAAGAGCCCGAAGCCUGGUUCCUGGGGGGGGAUGAUCGAUCUUUGAGUCCCCAGAUUGAUUGAGAGUUUUUAUUUUUUUUCGCCCUCCUCCUGGUGUAAGGAGCGCUAAAGUCUUUAAUUCAGCCUUUCAUUUGAGGCUCUGCUCAGAAGUUGUCUGUAUAUUGAGGGUGAAGAAAACAGAUGUGUGCUGAGUGAAAUUCCAGGUUAGAAAGAAUGCAGAUGCAAUAUGUGCAGUAUGCAGGGCAUUACAAUCCCAAAUAUUAUUUUCAUGAUUUAUCGAGGGCCCAGAAUGACGCUUUUGUUCGUCUGGAAUAAUCUAAUGCUGCGUGUUAGAGGAGCAGAGAAAAACCAAACACCAGAGAGGAAGAGACAUGUGGAGUCUUACUUUCUCUCCUAUUGCUUAUUAUUUUAUUUUUUUUAGAAAACACCAUUAGCACGACAUUUGUCACUAACUGCACAUUAGCUGAGCCAUUGUUUGAAUGAGUGUCGAAGAACAUUCAGUUACAAAAGCCUUGUUUUGAAAUCCUCUGGGGAUGUUUGAUUUGCUCGUCUUAAGCAGGACGGAGCUUCCUGACACUCCUCUCUUCCAGUGGGUCCAGUAACUCUACCAGUAAUCGUCAGAGUCUGGAAUGGGACGCAAGAAUAUUAGAAUGGAUGAUCGAUAUAUUGAAUGAAAAAAUCUGCUAUGUGUGAGAGACAAAAUAAGAGAACUAGUAGCCUAUAAUAACAGGUUUAGGCUUGUUACAUGGAGGAUUUUUGCUCCUGGUUUAGGUGUCUUGGUUCCACUGUAUCGGGCCAAAUAUAAGUAUGAUAUGGUGUUUUAGAUACUCAUUACAUCUGAGGGUUGUAUACGGACUAGAUGUUUAAAAAAGAAGAGGACGGAGGGAUAAAAGGAGGACUGGAGGAGUGAUUUCACUUCAAAAAAGAUAAACACAUUUGGUGAGCAUUUCCCAAAAUGCCACACUAGUCUUUUAAAUAUUUUAACUUAAGUAAAAUUUUAAUUUUUACAAGUUUGGAAAUGCAUGUUUUAACCUGAUCCAAAAUAUGGUUCAUGGAUAGAAAAUUGGAAGCAGACUUUACAUUUUCUUCAAGUCUUUGCAGACUUAAAAAUCAAAUAAACUGAGUAAAAUCAAAUUGCAAUUCUUUUAAGGAUUACCUGCAAAAUGACAAUUUGUAAAACCGUAGUACUGGAGUCUAAUCUAAUCUUUGAAGAGAGAGCAGAGAGGGUUUUCAUGACAAUGCAAAUGUUACGUGAGAGUUUGUAACCAGAUGUUUUGAUACAGUCUUGUGUCUUUAAAUGCCCCCAAUCAACCAAAACAUCAAUACAUUUUCUGAGAAGGCAAGCGAUAAAUAGUUUUAAUUCACAAAUUAAAAGUGACACAAUGUGACUGCUCGAUAAGCAAAUUGUCAUUUUGUGGGAGAAACAUUCCUUUUAACUACAGUUUUGGUGAUAGUCGACUUGAAGAAUAAUUUACCAAAUUUAUCAAAUUAACAAUAAUUUGCCAGAAUGACAAAAUAACCAAAUCACUCACAAAAAAGUUAAUCACUAAAAAUCCAGCUUCCCAGGACCAGACUACAUUAUUUCUUGACCCGAACAGCCUCAGUUCGUUUCGUUUAAUGUCGUAAGAGACGCCUGAGAUUCUCUGUGCCGCAUCUGCUGUUUCUUGAGGGCAAGAGGCAGCGAGCGUAACAGUGGAGGAGGAAGUAAAACUGUUGAGUUUAGCUUUACUUCAACCCUGUUAACAUUAAUACACAGUGAUGAUCAGACUAAUGGGCUGGUUACAAAAAUACAUGUAUUUACAUGCAGGUAAAUUAAAUCUUUAUUAAUGUGAGUGUAGAGCGAUAAAAUAACGUUGAAGUGUUUCAAUAGAUUAUGAUGCUGGACGUUUAAAAAAAAACCAAGAAAGACAAAUUGAAAAUUUUAAGAUUUUAUUGUGUCUUUUGUUUUCGGACAAAUCAGAUCUUUUGCUGCAAUAACAGCGUCCGUUAAUCAGCCGGGGAGAGGACUGUGUGCGCAGGGCAGAGCAGGGAUGUUUGUGGUGGUGAUUUGGGUCAGUUUUCCUUUCAACUCAAUCAGCUGAAACAUGCAAACCGAAAGGAAUAGAAAUGUAAAUUGCGGUGGGUUCAUUUACAGAUGAAAGAACCUUUUAUUUUAGUGUGUAUCAAAGCAUUUAGCGGAGAAACUUGUUUUUAUUUUUUGGGUUUUAGAGGAGGAUUCACUCACUGGUGAUGUGGUUGUUUUUCACUUGGAUGUGUGUCAGUUUUUAUCAGAAUAGAUUCCUUCCAUCAUUUCAGGUACAUUCAGUCAGACUUGGAGCAGAGUAAAGAGGGAGUAUUUAUCCUCCGGGGUUGACCUUGCUCUGGCUGUGGUAGUGGGACGAAAAAAAGCAGUGAUGGGACGAAAGACGAGGAGGUACAGAUGCCAGAGUUUUGAUGGUUUCUGUUACCACUAGGGCAAUAAAACAUUCUGAACUAAAUAAUGGACGCUUCAGUAUAAUGACAAACAUGAAGAUUUAAAAAAAAAACAACAAAAAAAAGACUUUGGGUUUGGGAGGUUUGCAUGCGGCAACAGCAAUAUGCAUGUGUGGAACACCAAAGUAUGACUCUGUACAAAUCACUCGAGCUCUUUUCUUUAUUGUCCUAAUAGGUCAGGGAUGUAUUUUCUAAUGCAUGGCUGGAUGUUUGUGUCUUUUUUUGUUAAAUGUGUAAAAAAAAAAACCAACAUGUACUCUUUAAGCUGAAGCAUUGUGCUCGGUCUGGGUCAGUACACUUUCAACAAGCAUGUGACUUUUUUUUUUUUCUAGAUUUUGCACAUUUUGGGGUAAAGUUUCAGACGGCACACAUCUCGUUGCUUUUCAUAUGUAUGGAAAGUGAGAUGUGCGUCGUCCCAAGCGACACUUAAAAGCGUAGGCGAGAAACUCCAGUCCUCGAAUACUUGAAGUGCAACUUGAGUGUUUCUGUUCCAAUGCAGUGGGAAGUCUUUAUUUUUUUCGGGGUUGUUUUUGUGUUCUUCAUUUCUCAAGCCUUUUAUUUACCGCAGACUCUGGAAUGUCCAGUCAGCAGCAAGGCCUGCUGGGAGAUUGAGUUCUUACCUUUGAUUCCAUCUUGUGACUUAAAAAACAAAGUCUAUGAAUGUUAAGUGAUUUCAGCCGAAAUCAUUUUUGUUUUGAUGUUUGACAAGCUGGUGUGGGGGGUUAGGGGUGUCUUACAUUGCACAGAACUUGCACAUAAUAAGUAAAAACAAAAACAGUAGAAAUCUGUUGCAAGAGGAGGAAAAAAUACUGUUGAUAUUUAUUUUUUGAGCUUUCUAGCUAUAAAGGACACUUUUCACUUAGCUUCCAAAAGAAUAACUAAAUUAAAGCUGUUGUAUUUGUUCUUACGGGAGCUUUUUAUGAAAGCAAAUAAGAGAUAUGAAUAUUUCAGUUUGAACUGAAAUGGAAUAAUUCAUUUUGACACUGAAUGAACUUUAAAACACUGAAAUAUUUUUAUUUUAAAAAUGUAGAUGUUCUGAAUUUACCUCCUUGAAAUUAUAAUAGGAAAUUUCUUGAGUUGCAGUUUCAAAACCUGAUUUUUUCUUUUUGUUAUAUUCACAAAUUCAGAUUAAAAAAAUCAGUUAUU